AUGAAUCACACAAAGGGCAUCCACCGACUACCAAAGCUUCUUUCAGAAUUUUAUCUUCUUUUGUUUUCUCUUCUAACGGAGAUCGUGAUGAAUUUAAUCGAUUUAAGCAGAGAAUAUGAUACCAGUCAAUGUCAGAUCACUGAAGGUAAAAUACUUCAAGAAAUUCAGGAUAAUUGCAAGACUCUAGAAGUCCUUCGUUUAUGUAAUUAA